UCCGCGGACUAAGAGGGAGCUACUACAGGACCUGGACACAUGGGAGAGGACACAGGGAGGAAGAGCGCCGGUCACCAAUCAAGGAUAUGGAAUCAUGCGGAAGGACUUUGAUGGCGACGGAUGGGCGAACAAGAACAAGGUCGAUUUUGCUCGUCUGAUUGCCGAUGCCAAGCGAAAGAAAGCCACCGCUGCAGCAGCUCCUGAUGCCGACAAGAAGGAAGGAGGCGAUUCACAUGCUCCAGAAAGCGAGCAAGGCGGUGGCCUGCCUCAAAUGGCUUCACCUUCGCAGGCUGCUAGCAACUCGGCCGAUCAUGGUCAGGCUGCUGUUGCAUCGGAGUUGCCCGCUCACUCAAACGGACUUGGAUCACAUUCUGCAGAGACGCCAAAAUCAAAGGGAGGCUACGACGCAUCGAACACAACCCUACCGCACCCAAACCCACCUCUCGCUGGACUUCCAGACAUUCCACCGCCUGAUGUACCUCACAAGGAGAGCCGCGACUUUCACCUGAAUCAGCAAGAUGUAAAAGAGCCUUGCGAAUUGCCAUCACAUCUCGCCACUUCAUCAGUAAGGAAGGUGCCAAUGUUUUCGGUGCCCGAGGAGUAUUCAAGAGACGCUGGCACGGGUGAAGGGAACGGGAAGGGCUGA